GAUGGCGGGAGCGGCCUACAGCAUGUAAGCGGCUCCUGUGAGUUUAACAGAGAAGAAGGCUACUUGCCUCUGGUGAACUGAUGGAAACGCGGUUCGUGUAAAACCCACUCUAACUUUAAUAUUUUCCCGCGGACAGAGCUCCAGGUGGAGCUGAGGAACAUGAGCAGCCCAAGCUUACAGCAGCCCAGCUUCCUGCUGGCAAACCUCAAAGCUGACGCCACCUCCAAGCCUCUGAUCCAGCGAUGCCAGGACCUGCUGAAGAUCAUAGACGAGUAUCCCGCUAAGGAGCUGCACCUGAUCUUCCCCUGGCUGGUGGAGAAUGUGUUUGGAAGUCUGGACGGCGUCAUCUCCGGCUGGAACCUGCGCCUGCUGCACUCACGCAGCAACGAGUUCAACCUGGUUCUGGACUUCCUGAGCCCGAGUGGCCCGAUGAUGAAGCUGGUGUACAAACUUCAGGCAGAAGAAUACAAAUACGAAGUUCCUGUCCACUAUCUCCCGGGUCCGGUGAAGGCCUGCAUCCAGGAGGGCGUUCUUCCCGACUGUCCUCUGUUCCACAACAAGCUGCAGUUCCCGCUGCCGGGCGUCCUGACGCUGAACGUCGCUCUCAAUCCUUUCGAGUUCUUCAUGUUUAAUUUGGCCUACUGCCUCAUCGCUCCCAGGAACUGCCUUCAGCCGCAGCUCUGCAGCUCCACAGACAGCGCAUACUUCGUGCUGGUCGACCUGUACCUCAAGUACUUCCUGCCCGUUGAAGGAAGUGUUCCUGCGUCUCCGUUCACCGACUCCAGAGGCUCCGUCGCGGCUCCGUCGCCACGAGCUUCCAGUGUGUCGUUUGCGGGUUACGGCGUCCACAGCCCGAGCCUCCUGAAGCACCACAUCUUCCACCAGCCGUCGGUGAACGCAGACCCUGCAGCGCAGGAGAUCUGGAGGUCCGAGACGCUGCUGCAGAUGUUUGUAGAGAUCUGGCUCCAUCAUUACUCCCUGGACUUGUACCAGAAGCUGCAGUCUCCUCAGGUAAAGCUGGCGCUGCUGCAGUACCGCCUCAGUAUGUCCAGCAUGCCGUGCCAACCCCUCGCCCCUCCUGGCUCUGGGACCCUCCACACCUACCAAGUACUUUUACCUUUUCACUCAGCAGCGCCCCCCUGGGGCCUCCUGGAGGAGCCCUUCAAUCCGUCAGAGGAGCAUGUGUUGGUGGUGCGCCUGCUGGUGAAACAUCUGCACGCCUUCUCCAGCAGCCUGAAGCCGGAGCCGCCGCCCUCGCCGGCCCAUUCCCCCCCCCACACCAGCCCGCUGGAAGAGUUCAAGAGGGUGGUGGUGCAGCGCUUUGUGCAGCAGAAGCUCUACCUGUUCCUGCAGCAUUGCUUCGGACACUGGCCGCUGGACGCCUCCUUCAGAGCCGUGUUGGAGACGUGGCUCAGCUACAUUCAGCCUUGGAGAUACACAGGAGAGAAGCCAAAUGCCCAACCCGACCAGAACAGAACCGUGCCGGACAAAUGGGAGUCGUUUGUCCACGAGAACCUGCUGCUCUACACCAAGCUGUUCCAGGGCUUCCUGAACCGGGCCACGCGGACCGACCUGGUCAACGCCAAGAACGCCCUGAUGGUGUUCCGGGCCGCCAAGGUUCUGGCCCAGCCCAACCUGGCAGACAUGAUCCAGAGAGGUGAGCAGCUGUUUCUGGAGCCGGAGCACGUCCUGCCCCACCGGCAGCCCCGCGGUUACCUGACGCCGGGCCAGGGGGGCAGUUACCUGUCGCCACGGCAACGGAUGGUGACCGACACGGCGUUCAAGGUGAAGAGCCACGUGUAUUCCCUGGAAGGACAGGACUGCCAGUACAAGCAGAUGUUUGGCUCCGAGGUCCGAGGAGUGGUCAUGAGGUUGAUCCAGAUCAUCGCGCAGGCCCGCCACACGGCCAAGCGGAUCUCGGAUCAGUCCAGCGAGGCGGCGGCCGGCGGCUCCUUCCUGUCCUGGUUCGGACUCGCCUCCUCCGACCUCAGCAACGCGUUUCCCGGCGCCGAGCCCGAGGACAGCGGCGAGUACCUGAAGAAGACCCACGAGUUCCUGGACCGGGCCCUGGAGAACCUGUGUCAUAUCUUUAAGCUGAACCAGAACCAGCUUGCCCAACUUGUUGCCAACCUGGGCGCCGCGCAGGACGACGGGCGUGCCAACCAGCUGCCGGACUGCGUCCAGGGCGAGACUGGGCCGGUUCUGACGGACCUGGGCCGGAGGCAGAUCAUAAACGGCCUGCGCCGCUUUGAGGUUCAGUACCAGGGUGAUCCAGAGCUGCAGCCAAUCAGGAGCUACGAGAGCGCCCUGCUGGUCCGGCUGCUCUAUAGGGCAUCAUCUCUGCUGAACAACAGGCUCCAGGCCCAGAUGGGCGCUCUCUGCUCACGCUCAGACUUCCUGGGUCGCCUCGGCCGGCGGUACUUGACCGACCCGGACUCCUGCGUGCGGCUGCGGCUCAGCCCAAUGUCCCAACGGGCGCUAGAGCACCGCCAGCAGCCGCGGCUCAGCCUGCGGCCGCUGGCCAGCUACCGGACGCUGUUGCUGCUGCUGCUGUUCUACGCGCUGGGGGCGCUGCUGUCGCUCGGGCCCCUCUGCAGUACGGCCCUGCUCCUGACGGGGGCGCUGCUGUAUGGCGUCCUGAUGACGCUGUGUGCUGAAAAACUGAAAACGCAAUAAAACGCCAACUAGCUGAGCUUCUGACUUGGUUUAACGCUCUACUGCGUUAGUGUUAGCAUGAGCCAGAGCUCUGGUAUUUUUCUGAUGUAAAUACUUCUUUAUUUUCUCCUUUGAGCAUCUGGAAACAGAUGCAAGCCAAAAGUUUUUAAGUGAAUAAAGUAUUUUUCUCAGUGAAAACACA